AUGUCAGCAAGCUUGCUUCAAAUCUUCAAGCAAACACACACAAACACCGCAAGAGCUUGUGCCUGCUUCUUGUCGAGGGUGGGCUCCUGCGGACUUUCAAGCUAUCAUGGCCUUGCUUAUGAGGUGCGCGAGUCGCCUCAGCAGUCCGCUGAGGCUUCAGGCCAUUCGCCUUGCCUCCACGGCGCCUACUUUCCACUAUGAAGACAUAAUGUCUCCGAAGACAGCCAACGAUGUUGGAAUUUCCUACCGAAAACUACCUUCGUCUGAGGGUUUGGUGACGGUGAAGGACGGCUUUACGGUCGUGCAGCCUGAAGCUCUGCGACUUUUGUCCAAACAGGCUAUGAUCGACAUUGCUCAUUUGCUUCGUCCUGCUCAUUUGAAGCAACUCUCCUCCAUCUUAGAUGACCCGGAGGCGAGCGACAACGAUCGUUUCGUGGCCUUUCAGCUGCUGAAGAACGCGAACAUUGCUGCUGGUAUGAAGUUGCCCGGCUGUCAGGAUACAGGCACGGCUAUCGUGAUGGGCAAACGUGGCCGUCGCGUCAUGUGUGAUGAGGAUGAAUCAUCGCUUUCUCAUGGCAUUUAUGAUGCAUACACGCAACGCAAUCUCCGCUACUCACAGGUUGCUCCGUUGGACAUGUUCAAGGAAGCCAACACGGGUACCAACCUGCCGGCGCAAAUUGACAUCUACUCCGUGCCCGGUGAUGAGUAUAAGUUCAUGUUCAUUGCUAAGGGCGGCGGCUCUGCUAACAAGACCUUUCUUUAUCAACAGACAAAGGCGCUGCUUAACCCGGAGAAGUUGACGGCGUUUGUUGACGAGAAGAUCAAGACGAUCGGCACGGCUGCCUGUCCGCCGUACCAUCUGGCCAUCGUUGUCGGCGGCCUGAGUGCUGAGAUGACACUGAAGACGGUGAAGAUGGCAUCGUGCAAGUACCUCGACGAUCUGCCCACCGAGGGCAACUCACACGGACACGCCUUCCGCGACCUGGACUGGGAACAGAAGGUAUUGGAACUGUGUCGUAACACUGGUAUUGGUGCACAGUUUGGUGGUAAGUAUUUCUGUCAUGAUGUGCGUGUCAUCAGACUGCCUCGCCACGGUGCAUCCUGUCCUGUCGGUAUCGGUGUCUCCUGCUCGGCUGACAGACAAAUUCUUGGUAAGAUCACCCCUGAGGGAGUGUUCUUGGAACAGCUAGAGACAGACCCUGGACAGUACCUACCUCAGGUCACUGAGGAUAACCUGAGUGGUGAAGUGGUCAAUAUUAACCUGAACCAGCCUAUGAAGAGCAUCCUGAGCACUCUCUCAGAGCAUCCUAUUCGUACCCGUGUAUCUCUAACAGGUACAUUAGUGGUGGCACGUGACAUAGCGCAUGCUAAGCUACAGGAGAGAUUGGACAAUGGUGAGGGUAUGCCGCAGUACAUGCUGGACCAUCCCGUCUACUAUGCCGGACCGGCCAAGACACCGGAGGGUAUGCCUUCUGGUUCAUUUGGCCCUACGACGGCCGGCCGUAUGGAUAGCUAUGUAUCAAAGUUCCAGCAAGUCGGUGCCAGUAUGAUUAUGCUGGCUAAGGGCAAUAGAAGCAGACAGGUCACCAAGUCCUGCAAGCAACACGGCGGCUUCUACCUUGGCAGUAUCGGCGGACCAGCCGCAUUGCUUGCGCAGGAGUCCAUCAAGAAAGUUGAAGUACUCGAAUAUGCUGAGCUGGGCAUGGAGGCUAUCUGGAAGGUUGAGGUUGUCGACUUUCCCGCUUUCAUCGUUGUCGACGACAAGGGAAACGAUUUCUUUGAGAAAUGGCAGGUGUAGGAGAUGACGGGGAAGAAGGUCCCUGCCGAGCAAGGAAUUCAGGUAGGCCCAGGCGUUGGGUUCCUCUACUGGUGUUAGCGUGUGAGUGUGUGGCGCAUGCUGGCUGUGAAGCAACGUGCUGAAACAGACAAACACACACACGAUGUGUACAGCGGGGGUGUGUGUGUGUUUGUGCAUGUGAGCACACACACACACACACACACACACACACACACACACACACACACACACACACACACACACACACAAACACGCCCCUAACUGGACAGCGCACUAUUUGAACGGUUUAGUAUGGUGAAGUAAUUGGAAGCUCCCCUCCACCAUGUACUAGCUAGAAUCCUGUAGCAACAUCAGAGAGAUCAACCUAAGCACUUGCCACUUGUCUGUGGGCCAUGUUGAAGACUUGCCACCACCUGUCUUGCUGUGUGGAUCAUGCCACUGUGGAUCAUGUCACCAUCAUCCCGGACAUACCCACGUCACAUCCUGUCGUAUCUCCUCACCAUAGCAUCAGUAGCAUCACCACCACGAGUAUGUCCAAGUGAAGUGCAGCGCUCGCUGUUGCAUCGUGUCUACACAAUGGUGCUCAUCCGCUGGCCGCCUUGUGCGCUUAUCGUCCGUGUGUUUCCCGUACGCCUUGCUGUAUUCUCCCACCGCAAUCUUAAUGUCAACUUACACACACGCACACACACACAUACACACACACACACACACACACACACACACACACACCGCAGCACACCACAUAUCUAUAUUUACCAUGCCCUUUUCGGCAGCAGCUGUUCAUAACUGCAUUGAUUCGUUGCAGAGCAGCAGCUGGACUCUGCGAGAGUUAUCCCCGCUGCUGAUUAUGUUUACUUUGCUAAUAAAUUGCUAUUGCUCUUGCUAUUGUUAUUUUAGAAUUGCGAUCAACAGAAUUGCUAUUGUUAUAAUUAUGCUGCUUAGAUCCACCAAUUAUGUACCUGAUCUGAAGUGUACGUGUGAUUUGUCAAUGUGCCUGACUCCACAUGUGUACAUGUGCACAAUGUUGGCUCUGCGCGAGCUUUAUUCUGCAGUUUGCAAUGAAGACAGUCCUUAAU